CGGGUACACGUGUGGGAUUGAAAUAGUCUAUAUAUGAUUAACUAUAAAAGGCAUUUUAAAUGGACCAGUGAACUAUUCUAUCUGUGGUUACAAAUAAAUUUAAAUCAUUAACCGAAACAUUGAGAUUGUAUGAAAGAUAUUUAACCAUACUAAAAAGGGAAAAUUUGACACUCUGUGACAUGUAUCUGGUGGAAUGAAAUGCGACUUUCUUUUCCUGGGCUAGAGUUGAAAGGGGUAUAAGUACAAUUAUAAGGCUUAUUAUCGGUCGAGGUAGACCAUAUGAUAGAGAAAUAACUAGCAACUCGUUUAUGUUAUUCGAAAUCUUCAAUAUUUCUGAAGUAACAGUUUUUUUACCAAUUAAAGAAAGAAGGAUUAAUAAUAAGAACAUUAAAAUGUUUACACUGGUUGGGAUAUUCAUGUUUGGAAUUACAGUGGGAACCAUCCAAUGUCAGACGUACGAAAACGUUCUGAAUCUCCGGACAACGUUACUGACAUCCUACAACGCCGAUAUGCUCCCUUUAGACGACCAGAGUGGUUCUUUAAACAUUAACCUGACGAUGGUCGUAUUUAAGAUGCCGGAGGUAGACCAUGUCCGUGGAGCCAUUACGAUGGGUAUCAUGGUAACACAGGAAUGGUACGACGAAAGAUUAACAUGGACACCUGCUGACCACAACGGAACUAUGGGUAUCUCAAUUAAAAGCGAAGAUGUAUGGACUCCGCCACUGACAGUCUCAAAUCCAGUAACAUUCACAAUGCUAGAUACUUCAUGGAUGCAAGUUAUGAUUAUGGCCGACGGAAAGACGUCAUACACUGUAGGAGGAAUUAUCGAGUUUUCUUGCUCCUUUUAUAUGAAGUUUUGGCCUUUUGAUAAGCAGAGUUGCUCUCUAGAGCUUUUCCCAUAUGGAUAUCCUAUGAAUAGAGUGACCUUUAGCGUUCCUGGAACUGUGGUGGAUACAGGUAUCUAUACAGAAAAUGGCGAAUGGUUUUUAGACGAAGAUUCCUUCGAAUAUGAAAUUAACAGUAUUUUCGGUAUGUCCCGUGUCGUGUACAGUUUUAAAAUGGCCCGGCUAUCGUCGUUUUACAUACUGACAGUUAUUGUACCAAUUAAUGGUAUCGGAGCUCUAACGUGUUUGGUUUUCUUAUUGCCCAGUGAGUCCGGAGAACGGGUAAGCUAUGCUAUAACAAUCAUGUUGUCGCUGGCCGUAUUUUUAACCAUAACCGCUCAGGAGCUACCGAAAGACGGGGAACCAAUUCCAAUCAUAUGUUUGUACAUCCUCUUCAAUUUAGUUGUCUGUAUUGCUGGACUUCUCUUUGUCAUCUUGAAUCUAAAGAUUUACUUCAGGACGGAGAAAGUCCCAAUGGCAAAGUUUUAUAAAUCGAUUGUCAGAUUCUCCAAGGGAAAGUGGCGUCGACGCAAAGUUCAAGACGAGACACGUGAUCGAGAAAAAUCAGUCGCAAAGUCAAAGACCAGGAUAAACAGCAGAACAGUGUUCGUGUCUAAUUCGGAAGAUCCCGAUCCAAAUCUACAUGAGAAUAUAGAAUGGAAAGAAGUGAGUGAGGCAAUAGACAAAUUACUUUUCUAUGGGAUGGUCGUUGCGACCUACAUCCCUUCCAUUAUAAUUCUCAUAUACACCGCUGCCGCAUCGGACUACGUUACUACAGAGUCUUAG